AAUGUGUGAGAGAGAGCGCGCGCAGAAAAAUGCGAAUGUCCCAAUAGAAUUGCCGUAGUUCAAGAUGGCUGCCCCCGCUGUACAGAACGACGUGAUCGAGGAUGAUCUGCCUAAAGCAGUGCAACUUCUCAACACACUCACUCAACAGGUUGCAUUUGUUACAAGCCACGUUCGAGAUUUGAUCAAGAAAAUCCAGAAUAAAAUGUAUCCAACUUCUAAGGGUUUGUCCUUUCUGGACCUGCGAUACCACCUGCUGCUGUUUUACCUUCAAGAUGUUGUACAUUUGAUGAGCGUUAAAGCAGAUGGCCAAAGUUUGAAGGACAACGGGGCCAUCGACAGGCUGGUCACCAUAAGAACGAUUCUUGAGAAGAUGCGUCCCCUCGAUCAGAAGCUGAAAUAUCAGAUCGAUAAAUUAGUGCGCACUGCUGUGACUGGCAGCCUGGCUGAGAACGAUCCUUUACAUUUCCGUCCAAAUCCUGAUAAUCUCAUCAGCAAGCUUGAUCAGUCUGAGGAAUCAGAUGAUGAUGGUGAUGGAAAUGCAAAAGAUUCUGGGAAAAAGGUGGCCCCCAAAGCCAGGAAAUACGUCCCUCCAAAGAUUGCCCCGAUGCAUUAUGAUGGUGACCUGACAGAUGCCGAUCGGCGGAAGGAGCUUGUGGACAAACGCAAGAAAGCGGCGUUCCGCAGCUCAGUGAUCGGGGAGCUCAGGCAGCAGUACAGCGAUGCGCCCGAGGAAAUCCGCGAUCGCCAAGACUUUCAGACUGAGCGAGACAUCCGAGAGGAACAGCACAGGAAAAACUACGAGGAAUCUAUGAUGGUGCGUCUAAGCGUCCCACGAGAACAGAAAGCCAGGAAGAGACGCAUGAUGGGAAUGUCCUCGCAGCUAAAGAGCAUCACACACUUUGGUGACAUCACAGCACUGACUGGUGGAGAGGCACAGGAUUUGGAUCAUUCCAGACCUAAGAAAAAGAAGAAAUUGCUGAAGAAAAAAAACAAAAAGAAGAUGUUCAAGAAACGCAAGUAGAGGUUUUCUGUAUCUGGAAUGAGAUGGUUUGCAUUUGUCUACAUCUUCAAAAUAAAAAAUCAUCCCCA